UGGAAGGUGAUCCAAUAGACUCCAAAUGGUUAAGAUUGAAGACAUAACCCCGAUGGCGAAAAUAGGGGACAAAGGUCCGGCGGAGAUACCCCUGAUGAAGGCCGAACCCCAAGUUGACACACCCACGGACGGGCUCCAACAGCUCAAGGAACGCUCAACGAAGCAGUUGCACAAGCCACAGUUCUUGGGGAAUUCACCGUUGGACUUGCUCUUUCAAUCGUUGGAGGUGGCGUUGCAGGACGUCAACCUCGACGAUCCGAUUGGGACACUUUAUAGCUCCUUGUUCCAAGGCGCAACCCACGCUUCCGACUCACACAUGCGACUCGCGGUCACUGACAAACUCCUCGCACAACUCCUCGCUAUCCAGGUACAAACCAUUGCGGCAAAGGCAGAAAACAGAGAUAUCAUCUCGAUCGCGCUCCACGACUUGAAAACGUUUAGCAAGGUCCUCAACCUUCUCCUCGUGCAGUGCGUGUACCCCGCCUUACCCACGAACGUGGGGAUUCCGCUCGACCAGCGCCGCUUGAAGACGUUCAAGAAGCGACUUACGGUCUCGAAGGUUACCGAUACGGAUGAAUCAUUUGCCCUCUUGAUGCUCUUGCAGCGACAGUUGACGGCGGUAUUCAGCAAAGACGGGGACGUGCGGGAUCUCUUGAUGAAGGGCACGGGCUACAGCGACUAUCUCAUUAUUACCAUGACGUUAGUGACCCAUCCAGCGUUUGUAGAACGCCAAAAGGCAUUGCCAACGGCCGAAAGAGUUACCUUGGAAGACUUUUCUCUGGUAGAACAGCUUUCGUCGACUUAUGAACUCUUUAGUACCUACUCAUUGCUCAUGACGAUACGGUCACCGGUGUACUUUAAAGGCUUUGUAACACGCAGAAUUACGCAUCUUCCCGUCGAUCGUGCGGACGGCGUGCGGGCGUUAAUCGAGUUUAUUGUGGGUUUGCGUGACGGCGAGGAUGUGAGUAUUGAAAGAUUCGACCAUGUGGCGCGGAUUGUGCUUUCCAAGCCCCAGGAAAUGCCGACAGCAGCAUAUUUCUCGAAUGUGUGUAGUCAGCUAUAUGACAUUUUGGUUUUGAUUAACCAGCCGGUUCUCACCAGUGUGGCAGCCUACGUUGUGGAGAAGUUGUUUGAGCGGAACAAGUUGGUUUGCCGGGACUUUUUCUUCAAGCUAAUCUGGAGCAAUCUCUCCCCGAGCCCCGAAACUAAACAGGAGGAAGUGAAAAAAAGAGACGAGGAAAGUAAGACAACGGAUCAAGAAGUUGCUUUGACAAUUACAGGAGAGGCAAAGCUCAACAACACAAUCAACGUGCUUAUUUCAGUAUCGAAAAAGUCCUCCUCUGGUUUCCUCCAGGCGUUACUCGAGCCGGUGUUGCUUCCUCUCUGGGCGUACGCAAUGUUUGUCAAACGGUCCAAGAAGCUGACGGAAGUAGUGACCAAUAUUCUUGUGUCUUUUUUUGCCAUCACUGAUAAUUCCACGUUAUUGGACAUGGUGGCUAAGAACCUCUUGUUCCAAAGCGCUGGGUGGGCCUUCCAGACGGGACCCAACGGCUUGGUAGUGAUUGAAGCAACUAGACCCGCCGUUCAGGUGACCAACGAGCGAUUUUUCGAGGAUGUUGAGGUGGCGGUGGAGUUGUACAUUGGGCUAUUGGGCGAUUUGAGUGACUCUUUGCUCCAGGGUCAGUUUUUGCGCAUCGUCCAGCGCUGGAUGGGAGUUGAAACAGUGGAAAAGCUUGGCGAAACAGAGAAUCCUUUUGUGAUGUUGAUGGACUUGCGGUUGUUGGAGGGAAUUGGAAAAAAGUAUAAAGACCGACUUGCCCGCUCACCCAAGGAAAUCUUGGAUUUGGUCGAGUAUGUGUUGAAGGGAUUUCUCGCCGAAUCAGCUCCACAACCUGAAUACACUGCGAUCAUUCCCGGCAGUUCGGUAAAGGAAGAGGCAGAUUCUGACGACGAGGAUGACUUUCAAGACGACGGAACGGGUCUUGCAUCGUCCACUGCCUCACUCACCGUUGUGUUGGAGCUCCUAUCUGCGAUAAUCACCGAGACCAACCCCGCUGAGUUGUCUAGCACGUGUUUUACGGUAGUGACCUCGAUCCAGGGUUUGUUGGCCCAGCUAGAGGCGAAUACCGCGGCUCAGGCGUUGUUGUCGCGUAUCAACACGCUUCUCAGUGGCGAGCAGCGCCCAGCCUCGAAGAGUGAGGCGGACGCGAAGACGUUGACGGUGGCCAUCACGAGUUUGAACGACCCGCUUAUUCCGAUCCGCGCGCACGGAUUGUACUUGUUGCGAGAGUUGGUGAAUAAGAAGUCGGAUGUCGUGGGCUUGGACUUUGUGGUGGAGCUCCAUUUGGCCCAGUUGAAGGAUCCUGAGCCGUUCAUUUAUUUAAAUGUGAUCAAGGGGCUCGAGGCGCUUCUUGAGUGGGACAGAGGCAAAACUCUUCCCCUUUUGGUGGAUUUGUACCAGAAAGAUGGAAAUGUGGAUGAGCGGUUGAGAAUCGGCGAGGUGUUGCUUAGAUUCAUCCAGAGCACAAACGAAGCGUUUGCUGGAGCAUGGGCGGAUUUGGUUGUGGGGACUACCCUCCGAAUGAUCAGACGCGAUGGGGAGGCCGACAACCGGAUGCGGAUGUCUGCGAUGAGUUUGUUGGGGGUCUGCUGCAAGACCAAUCCCGCGGCGAUCUCACGCCAUGUCAGUGAUGCCCUCGAUUGUACUCUAGGGAUUCUCCAGUUGGAGAAGGAGCAGGAUGCAGCGAUCAUGCGACGCGCCGCGAUUGUGUUGGUGCAUGAUUUGAUCAUGGGGAGCAACGGUCUCGACGGCUUUCCGAAGUCAUAUGGGUUGAAGUGCUUGAAUUGUUUGCGGUACAUCACCGAAACAGAUGUGGAUCUCUUGACCCGGGAGCAGGCUGCAAAUGUCGCUGAGUUGAUGAGGGAGUUGAUUAAUGAUAAGUUGAUGGCUAAUGCCGAGGUUAUUCCACAGAGCUACAACCGGUUCCGGAUUUAAAAAAAAAAAAAAAAAAAAAAAA